GGUAUUGGACUUGCAAUUGUCCGUAUCGGCACUCCAGUGGGUGUCGCAGGGUGUCGCUAUAGCUGACUAGCUUUGGCGGUUCUGCUCUGUUGCUUAUUAGUUUGAGUGCGUAGUCGUUCGUGGUUGUAGGGUCCCAGUCGGGAAGGACAUCCGCAGCGGCCAAACUUACCCGGAUUCGAGACCACCGAUUAUACGCACCGUCUCCAGUUCUUCGAUUCCAUCGCUCUCCCAAACACACACCUCCUGUCACACACUACACGCUUAUGCCUAACAACCCAAUCGGCAUUUAUUACACACUUAAUACAAACCCUACAAAUUAAUGCUGAUAUGAACCCUACAGUGGUGACUACCACUACCGCACCACUCUCUCCACCACUCCACCCAAUCUGCUUCCGUGCGCUAACUCGUCGGCUCAGAAUAGCUUCGCUGGCUUCUACUUCUGGCCGUGUGUUCACAGCCACUUUAAGCAACGCCCCGAUCAAGCGUUGGUAUUCUCUGUUAUCGAGCAUCACCUUACUGCCUUCCCUACUGCGGUAGUAGCCUGUGUCCAGCGGGGUUUUCGAUCCUCUGGCACGGUCAAGGUUGUAUCGGUUCGCGAUCUUCGAAGUAUAACCUUUCUGAUCAAUGAAGUAGUAGCCAUCGACGUCCUUUUCGAGCUGGAUCCCCAGGAAACAACUGACGUCACCUAAGGAUGACAGUGUCAAUUCCUCCGAAAUAUAGGCUACAAUUAUAUCGUCAACAGAAUAUACAUCCAACCUCCGGGAGUACUCUUCGUAAAUAAACAGGGAUCAGCUGCCGAUUGCCUGAACUGUAACGCUUCGAGAGUUCCACGGAUCGUUUCGUUCCAUACUCGCGCUCCUUGUUUCAGUCCGUGAAGACUACGUUGUAGUUUGCAAACUAGCUUCUCUUGACCACGCUGCUGGAAACCCAGCGGUUGCUGCAUGUACAGUUCCUCCUUUAGUCGGCCAUGUAUGUACGCACCUUCGACGUCCAGGUAACGAACCUUCAUCCGCUUUUACCGGUAACUGUCAGCAAAACUUUCAACGUAGUCCGCGCAGCCCCUGUUGCAAAGACGGAGUCGUAUUAAAUCCCGAACUGUUGCGAGAAGCCCUGCGCAACUAAGCGGGCCUUGUACCUGGAGACAUUUUCAGCGCUGUCCUCCUUCUUCUUAAAAACCCAUUUGCUACUUAUUGGUUUUCGUCCGGCAGGCAAUUCCUCCAACGUCCAGGUCUCGUUCUGCAUCAGGUUGUCAUACUCCUCUUUCAUCGCUGCUUGCCAUAAGUCCUGUUCCGGUCCUUGGACUGCUUCCUCAUAUGAAACUGGAUCAUCUUCAACUACGAGGGUCACGUCAACUACGAAGUGCAGACACGCAAGGGGAAUAACACUAAACUAUAUUCAUACCCCGCAGUUCUCAACCAUACAACAAAACGGAACGUCCUUUUCCACCGUUAGUUUGGCCUUCACAUCACUCUUCUUCUUGUUUUGUUUCACUGCCUUCCCGCUUACUGAUUCCCCAUCCCUUUUCUUUUGCUGCAUAUGCAGCCACUGUCGGUAAUCCUUUCGGAAAUGGUCGGGUUUCUGACAAUGAAAACACAGCCGCUUCUUCUGCUCCUUCUGCUGUAGCUUCAUGGUACGCUAGCUACUCUGGCAAUUAGAUACAAAACAAAGGUACAUAAAUAUUCGGUAAGGUAUGCUAUUUCUCUUUUCGCCGCACCACAGACACCGGGCAAGUAUCGCACUUUCCACACAGCUGCUUUCGUACUCCUCUAGCUGGUCCGCAUACUGGAACGCUUCUUUCCUCUUCCCUCCCAUCAUCCUGUGCCUGUCGACCAAAGAGCUCAUGUUUCCGAGCUAUAAACUGCCUUCCUUGUUUCAGCUUUUCAAUGAGUUUCAGCACGAUCAUGCUGGAGGGUGACGGGCUCAAUUCCCGGUCGAUCCAGGAACUUUUAGUAAAGGAAAUUUCCUUGAAUUCCUUGGACAUUGAGUAUCUUCGUACCUGCCACGCGUCAAGUUCUGGAGUUAGCGGGCGACCAGAGGUGUCGUUCCAGCGAGACUGAACGAUUAAACCCUUGUAUUGGCAGCUACGGCCUGUGAUGAAUUAGGGACAUGCUCUCUCAUGUACUGCUCUCUCAGUCUCUCAUCUUGUGAGCAGAAGCUAGAUGCUGCCGAUAACAUUGAUCGGUGCAAGGUUUGGCUCAUUGCCCAAGGGUUCGGGCAACGGUAUGGAUGGGACUAUGAGAAAGUUUCGGUGCCCGUUAGCCUGCAGUCGACUUUUCGUGUAUUACUGAUCAUAGCUGGACACUAGGAGUUGCAGGUUGAACACCUGGAUGAGUGACAGCCUCAAGAUUUUGUGGUUCCGGGCAAGGAACGCUAGGUCUGCAGACUCCACAAGAGUGUGUACUAGUGUACGGCCUAGAGCAGGCCGCUGGGCUGUGGCACAGGACCAUGGCUAUGGUUGUAUAAAAUUUGGGUUUCGAAGCGUGCCUAUUUGAUACUUGCGGAAGCGCCUGGAUUGAUUGUCUGCAAAUGCGGUGAGACAAUCGAGGAAGUACAAGAAGCUCUUCGACGCAAACUGACGGUGACGGUACACGGCGAUAUCAGUUGGUUCUUGGGAAUACAGACCUCGAAACCUGGAUCAGUUCUCCAAUCUGCUGCAGGAUAAUUUCGUCAGGAAGGUUGUAACACGUUUUGGGCUGGAAGGAGAUCGGCUGUCUGUUAUAUUUGACCACACAUUCGUCUGGACAUCGCUGCUUGUGUUGGUAUCCUGAGCCGGUAUAUGAUCUGCCCUACUACCGUAGGUUGGACGGAAGCCAAGAGAGUCGUCCGUUACUUGAUCUCUACCAUCGACUACGGAUUAAGGCUGGGAACGCAAGAAGAGCCAGAACUGUUGCUGAUAGGUUUCUGCGACACAGAUUGGCACCCGCCAGCUGAUAGAAAGUCAUUUAUCGUGUUCCAGUAUAACUUGAAGGAACGACUACCGUCAUUGGCGAGUCGAAAGCAGGAAUGCGUUGCCAUGUCAACGAUGGAGACAGAGUGCAUAGAUCUGUCGAAGGCUGUACAACAGGUUACGAUAUUUGUGGGAUGAAAAGGACCAGGCAUAACUAAAUACUGCAGUGAUAUUUGAGAAUUACAGAAGCUACUAGGACUUCGUUUCAAUCGACUAUCGUAAGCCGAGGUCGAAAUACAUCGAUGCUUGACUGCAUUACACGAAGAUCCUGCGUGCAUCUGGCAAGAUUGACCUGAAUUACUGUCCAACAAAAAAUAACAAAUAUGGGACUACCGUCUACCCCCGAUGGUUUGAACGACACCUCAUGCAAACCAACCGGGUUCAUUUUCUAAUUUGAACUUCUAGUCACCCUGUGGGCAUCGAAAAACACACUGAUGGUAACCGUUUUUGCUGUUUUGUUUUGAUUCUGCGUUCCGUUUCACCCCGUUCCAUAAGCAGAAUGACGUUUGAACCAUUUUUAGUUUGAACGAUGUGCAGAUAAGAGGGGGUCAAAUUAAAAAGUGUUCAGAUUAGAUGAGGUCAAACCAACGGGGGUAAACGGUAUGAUUGAAAAGUCAGAUUUUGGAAACUAGAGUACUUUGAAUGAACUUCAGGUUCAUGAACUGAAGAAUUUGGCAGCUAUCCAAAAAAUACGCUGACUCACAACUAGAGAACGCAAAUUUCGAGUGAUGACUCCCAUGUCCAGCACUUAAUUUAAGUACCACAUCUACAGGGGAUGGCCAAAAUGUUUGGGAUAGGCAACUUUUUUCUCCCAUAAAAAAAUUCAACAUGCUGUAACUUUUCAUAGAGUGUAUCAAAAAAUCUCAAAUUUUGACUGUUUGUCAACCUAUUAUAUGUGCAUCAUUGGUACAAAUUUGGGCUCGAUUGAUUUAUUUUUCGCGAAGUUAGAACCGUUCGAGUAAAACACUAUUAUUUAGACAACUAAUUUUUGGACUGUCAUAUCUCGGAAACCAGUGAACCGAAUUAAACGAAUUUUUUAACGUUUAUCAACAAUAUAUUGAUACUUAAUACGACGUUAUAAAAUGUAUUAUUUUCUCACGGCGAAUUAAGUUAUAUCGGAUUGAAAUUUUUGCCCAUAUAGAGGAAAAUAAGUCAAAUUUACAAUACCACACAAAAAUUACUAAAUGUGUUCUUCCUUUAAUCCAAAUAAGCUCUAAUAUAUCUGACUAGAGAUAACUUGAGAACAGAAGUGGAAAAUCUUUGGAUAUCAACGCUAAAUUUUAUUGACAUUGAUGUAAAAAAAUUACAUUUUUUCGAGAAAAAUCCAAAAAGUGUCUGUUGGGGCAUGAUCACAUUGUAUAUCUAAUAUUAUUUCAUAAAACUCCAACAAUUGUAUCUCACCCUGUACACUACAACACCUACUAGAUAUAAGUAGAUUCUCUCUCCCAAACCUUCCUUAUCACACGAGCCGACGAUCGUCGGUAUAUACCUAUGUCUCGAUAGGGAUAGGAGAUCGCUGUAAUAAUCAGGCAAUUUAGUGACAAUAAAUCAGUUCAACAGAUCACACAUCAUCCGCACAUUAUUAUCUCUAAUAACGGGAGAGUGAAUAAACUCUACGUGUCGUUCCGUACAAAGCGCGUUUGUUCUGUUCGCCGAGAAAGAACCCCAUGCUCGAGUGCCAACCAGUUUUUCGGAUCUUUGGUGGACCGUUUCCCAACAUAUAUCUGGUCCUUCGAGCCGGAUGCGCCGCGAUUUAAUUCGGACAAUCGCGGGCAGUGCUAGUGUCGUUUCGUUGGUCCCAAAGUGAACAUUUCUGGCAUUGGUUGGCUCUCGAACACUUCGCCGCGCGUGUGCUAAGUGCUAGCAAAUUCUGUGCUGAACAUCGGACUGAGGACUGAGCAAAAAGUGUCUAAAGGAUUGUCGCUGCUAAUUGAUUGAAAUUAAGUGCUUUGCUGGUGCUGUGUGGCUGCUGUUUUUGGUGCAACCGGAUUACCUGAGGAGAAUUUCUUCGAUCAAAUUCCAUCAAGCUGCGUGGCGCGAAGGCACGGCUUGGGUCGUCAUUAUUGUGCUGCAUGGACAAAGGCUAUUCUGGAGGAUUAUUCUUCGCUGGGACAAAGGUCUCGGUCUGACGUCAUCGACGGUAUAUCUGGUUGGGCUGAUAACUUGGUGGUUAAUUGCAUAGUGUGCUCUGGUUAGACGUGUUGUCCAUUCUGGUCAUCGCAAUUAGGAGUUUUGAGCAUCGCUGAUCGCUGUGGACAAUGGCACCGGGAUUGCGAGAGUGCUAUCGUCUGGAGCGAUUCUACACGAAUACACUGGCCAAUGCGAAGCAAUUCAUGAAUGGGUAUGUCAGUGCGCAGCACAGCGGGCAACUAGAGGGAUGGAAACAACGAAUUGAUGGACUUUUUAAGGAUUUCGAAACUAAUCGUCUCACAAUCGAGAUGUUAGAAGACGAUUUGGAGGAGAAACAGAUGAGUGAGGGUGCCAAGGGAUUUGAUGAUGCUGUAACAUUUACCGCCGAUGAAAAGCAUCGCCUUGUCUAUCAGAAGUUCGAACUAGAUUACGUCUUGGUGUCUAGCUUUCUUGCGAACGAGAUCAAGAAACUAACGCCCGCUGACCCACCGAUCCAACUUUCUCAAGCUUCCGGACAAUCGCGGGUGAAGUUGCCUGAAGUCAAGCUUCCCAGCUUCGAUGGCACGAUUUCGGAGUGGAUCACUUUUCGCGAUUCAUUCAAGUCCCUCAUUGACUCCAACCAACAGCUCACCCCGUUCGACAAGUUCUCCUACCUCGUAGCCUCCCUUACUAAAGACGCAAGAAAGGUUGUCGAAUCAGUCGAGCUCUCUGCUGCCAACUACCCUGUCGCUUGGCAGCUGCUGGAGAAGAGGUUUGAGAAUAAGAAACUGAUUCUCAAAACUUAUCUCGACGCCCUUUUCGCUAUUGAGCCGAUGAAAAGGGAAAGUUAUGAGUCACUAAUGCGAUUAGUUGAUGAUUUUGAGCGGAACUUAAGCAUGAUCGACAAGAUGGGAAUUCCAACGGCUGGUUGGAGUGUCCUGUUAGCCCAUAUGCUCUGCUGCCGCCUCGAUGCUUCUACUCUGAAGCAAUGGGAGUCUCACUACCGAUCGACGAACGUUCCGGAAUACAAGGACAUCAUUAUCUUCCUUCAAGGUCAUCUGUCAGUUCUACAAUCGUUGCCACCGUCCAAGUCACAUUUAGCGGAGUUUAGCAAGGCGGAACACCAACGGCCGAUAAAAUCGAAAAUCAACACCGUUCACGCCGUGACAAGUUCAGUGAUCAGCUCGUGUCCAUUUUGCUCAAAAUCUCCGCACUCCCCAUUCAAAUGCGAUUUCUUCCAAGGUUUGCCAGUCUCUCAGCGAUUUGACCUUGUGAAGAAGAAAAACCUCUGCAUCAAUUGCUUUUCCUCGUCGCACAUGCUUCGCAGUUGUUCGUCUAGCAGCUGCAGAGUCUGCAACCAGAAGCACCAUACUAUGCUCCACCAAUCGCCCAACGAUCGCCCCUCCAAUCCAAGCAAGCCCCCGGCUCCUGCUAUUCCUCGCUCGAAUCCGGCUUCGCCGGAGAAUCAAACACUCUCGAACCAGUCUUCCUCGCAAUCGCUUCCAACGUCAUCGUCUGCUUCAGAACACCCAAAGCCCUCGUCCUCUGCCACAAGCCUCGUGUCCACCACCGUCGUCGAAACUCCAAGAAGCGCUCCUGCCACCGUGUUGCUGCAGACAGCAAUCGUCAAGGUGUUUUCAACGAAUGGCCAUACCCAAUGGGCCAGAGCAUUGCUAGAUCCAGCGUCGCAGUUGAAUCUCAUCAACGAGAGUCUCGUCCAAAGGCUGAAGUUGCAUCGCUAUCAGUGUCACCAGGAGAUCGGCGGCGUCGGCAACUCUUCAAUCGUUUCAUCUCACGCCGUUCUUGUUCGGAUGGGAUCUCACUGCACGGACUUUGCUGCGGAACAACGGUGUCACAUCCUGAAGAAGAUUACUAGAGACCUUCCCUGCAGAUCGCUUGAUGCUUCGUCCUGGACAUUGCCACCGAACGUCAUUUUAGCGGAUCCUAAGUUCCACGAGCCGGGGCCCAUCGAUCUACUACUUGGCAUGGAAUUAUACUACGAUCUGUUACUUGACGGGUUCACCAAAUUGGGUCCCGAGAAGCCGAUUCUGCAGAACACCGUCUUCGGUUGGGUUGCUUCAGGAAGGAUCGGUUCAAGUCCGCCCAAUAGAACUCCAAAGCUGGCUCAUGUAUGCAGUGAUCAACGACUCGACGAGCUUAUCUCACGCUUCUGGGAAAUCGAGUCCUGCUGGUCGAAUAGCACUCAAUCCAUCGAGGAAGCAGCCUGUGAAGACCACUUCACUUCCAACACUUUUCGAGAUGAAACGGGUCGGUUUGUAGUUACCCUUCCGAAACAUCUUUCAGUUCUCGCCCAACUCGGUAGCUCCAAGGAGAUUGCUACAAAAAGAUUUCUCGGUCUCGAACGUCGCCUUGAUGGAAGUUCCAAGCUGAAGGAAGCCUACACUGCCUUCGUCGAUGAAUAUCUGCAGCUGGGUCAUACAGGGGAUAGACAAAAUGAUCGGGACAGGCAAAAUUUUCACUUUCCAAAAAAUGUUCAACUAGCUGUAACUUUUCGAAAAGUGCAUCAAAUAUUCUCAAAUUUUUACUGUAAGUUCUUCAGCUAGUUGUGUAUCAGUGGACAAAAUUUGGAAAAGAUCGGACAAUUCUACACGAAGUUAUAAAGAUUUUUGAAAAAGAUAAAAUUAUCCGAUAGCCAACUUUGAGCUGUUAUUUCUCCGGAUUCAAUGAACCGAUUGCAAUGAAAUUUUGACCAUUCAUGACUUAUAUAAUGAACUCUGGAAAACAUUUAAGUUAACUUGAAAUUUUUAACAAGCGAUAAAGUUAUAGCGAUUUUAUUUUUUUCACGAUUUUUUAGUAAAUUGGUCUAUUUUUAAUAUGCAUCCCAUUACUUUUUCAAUUUAUUGGCGGCUAUGUUGUUAC